AUGGCCGAUGCUUUCACGAUCGCGGCGAAUUUGAGAGUGGCAUCGUUGUCCAUCGCCAUCUUUCACUUCGCCGAGGUGCUCCCGAGAGGAUGGAGAUUGGUUCGGGACUCGCGCGGCUUGUCCAUAACGAGCAUAUGCGUGCUCACCGUGUCCAAUGUCGGCUUCUUCUAUCCGUACUUCACCGUGAAGAGCUGUGACCAGUUCUACCUACUCCCUCCGAUCUUUAAGGUGAUACAAGCGAUGGUCGCCCAGGCUAUCCUGGGUCUCCGGCAAGUGCGGAAGCAGGCGUGGUCCAUCUCACGAUUAACCCUUCGUAGUGCAUAUAACUUAUCGAGGCGAUCCCGCCUCACGUCAAGUCUAUUGGCCCUGUUGUAUACGGCGGCUUGUACAUCUCCCACAGUUGGAGUGGGUCGCUACUCUUCACCACCGGACACUUGUCGUGCCGUUAGCGACCGCAAGGUGUUCGGCGCCUGGGUGUACUACGCACUUGCCAUGAUCUACGAUCUCAGCACGACGGCCAUCUGUAUGUGGUUUCUCCUUCAAUAUCGCGCAUUGAAGGCGGGCAAGACUCGGAUGGUCUAUGACGGCAUGAGCUAUUUCGUCGUCCUGACAGGCGUCAACAUCCUCAAUCUGAUUUUCUACCGCACGGAUGAGUUGAUUCAAACUGCUGGGAGCUCGUUAGGCUAUGCACUCAAUUGGAUCAUGUCGAUGAAGCUGCUUUUGCAUCUACACGAAUCACCUGGACGCACACCCUCCGAGGAUACAUGGCCCGGUCCAGCUGCGAGCAUUACCUUCACCCGGCCGAUAGAUUCGAUGCAGGAUAGGACGCACGCCCUCCGCUCGCUGCAAUCCCAGAAGCGACAUACCGCCCUCGAACUCAGCGCUGUACCCGAAGACGACGCUAUGUACAAAGGGCACAGCAACGAUUUCGAGAUGCCCGAACAAGUGGACGUCGAGGUCCACAUUGAGAGGACGGUCCGAAUUGAGCAUCGGCCCGCUGUCUAUGCCCUCGAGGACUAUACUCGGGCCGGUCGCCAGUCAAUGCAGCAGUCGGACUACAUAUAA